AGUCAGUCAGUCAGUACCCUCUAUACGCUUCUUAGGUGCUGACGCUCGUUACGCCUGUUGUGAUCAUUGAUGAACACGUUGGUGAACAAAACGUACAGGUUCACGUGAAGUUAUGCUGUGUGUGUGUGAGGGGCGUCCUGUAAUUGUUGUCUUUAAGCUGUAAAACUGUAGUGAUAAAGGCCAUACAGGUGACCGCUCCCAGGUGGGCCCACAGCACCACCACCCACACGAGUUGGUGGUCCAGGUGUGCGUCUGAUAUUGGUGAAUUGUGGGACGGGUACAUAAUUAAUUCGCCAUUAAUCAGGCUGGUGUGUUAACGAGACAGUUAAGAGACCGAAGGAGGACACAGGGGGAAGGUGACACCGAUAAGUUACUGUUCACCCCUAGAUGCCCAGCCACAACACCUUUGCCACGUCUGACUCUCCGCCGCCCACUCGCGACGCCCACCAUGUUGUCUCGACUGAGGCGACAAGCCAAGGAGCGGCUGAGUAAUGGAGGGCGCUCCGUCAAGUUCGAGGAGGGCGUCGGCGACGGGGACAACAAGACCCCGCACAUCUGUAACAACAUGGAGAAGACCACGCCCACCACCAAUGGUCAGUCACAGAAACACACAUCGCCUUCACCCACCACCAAAACUGUUAACCACCGCAAUAGCGGCAUGGAAGUGGGCGUGGCAUCUUACACAUCGGGGCGGCCCGUGGGCAGCUCACCAGACCGGGGGCGAGGACCUCCUCGGGGGAAUCUACACGUGGAGUUCGCUCAGAUCGGGGAGGUGAAGGAGAGGAAAGAGAAGUACCUCACAGCAAAGUACGGCGCCCACCAGAUGUCUCUCAUCAGGAAGAGGCUGGGCGUAGAGAUGUGGAUGUUCGAUCAGUUACAGACGCUCUAUCCUUCUCCGGAGGGUAAAAAUGAAGAGAAGGAGCUUGACCUCGAUGAACUGCUCGACGUUGAUGGUGAAUUAAAGCGUAAGAAGUAUUUAUGGGAUUCUUUGGCUGACUGCAAACAGUCCAAGGAUAAAGUGGAGAAAUUCAUUGAUGAAUUAUUGGAACGAGCUACAACUCUGUAAGCAACUAGAGACAUAACUUGUGUGUGUCAUGUGUGUUUGUGGCUCCAUCAACAUCCUGGGUUUUAGUGACUGAGAGGAAAUAUACCUCUGUUUGGUGUCCAAAGUGUGCUGUUAGCACUAGUAGUGGGAAUAUAGUAAAUGGCAAAGAUAUGAAGCAGUAUUUCAGAAUAUAUAUAUAUAUACAUAUAUAUAUAUAUAUAUAUAUAUAUAUAUAUAUAUAUAUAUAUAUAUAUAUAUAUAUAUAUAUAUAUAUAUAUAUAUAUAUAUAUAUAUA